AUGUCACAAAGUUGGGCUGAAGUAUUACGUGUUGCUGAUAAAAAUAGCCAAUAUGCAGCUCAAGAACUUAAAGAAGAACGUCAAAGACGUGAAAAAUUAAAUAAAAAACCUGAUAAACCUCGACCAGCUAAUGAAGCAGCAAUGAAAAUGAUUCUCGAACGACGACGUCAAGCACAAGAACAAGAAAAACUAGCUGAAGAACAACGUUUAAAAAAAGCCAAUGAAAUAAAAAAACAACAAAAGGCAAUUCUCCAAGCCAAAACACAGCAACAACAACAAAAACCUACACCACCAAAACCACCCACGAGUAGUGCUCCAACUAAAACAUCAGUCGAUGUAAAAAAGAAGGCACCGAAUGUUUCUUAUGAAGAUCUUAUGCGAUAUGCAUCACUCAAAGCUAAUAAACAACCAAUACCUAAAGAAUUAGCUCAUGUUGCUAAAUCACUUCAAGCAAAUAAAUCACAAACACCAACAUCUAAUUCAACUAUUUCAUCUUCAUCAAAAAAUAUUGUUUCUACCUCUAAACCAUUACAAACUGCAACUAAUCUUAAAAAACCUACUUCUUCAAAAAUAACAACAAAAAUGACAAAGACAAAUUCAACAAUUAAACCAUCUAUUCAAUCAAAACCUAAUAUAAAUCAACCAAAGUCCAAUAGAUCUGCUUCAUCAUCGAACAAUAUAAAAUCAUCGAUUAGACCUACAUCAUCUUCAUCCACGUCAACAAAUCGAACAGCAAAUGGACAAAAACCGACACAAAAUCGAACAGUGAACGAACAGAAAAAUACACAAAAUCCAACAUUCAAAGUACAAAGACUGCCAACAAAUGGCCAACAACCAACACCAUCAAAUCAAACAAUAAAUGGUCAAAGAUCGACAUUAUCAAAUCAAAUAACAAAUGGUCAAAGAUCGACAUUACCAAAUCAAAUGAUAAAUAGCCAAAGAUCGAGACUACCGAAUCAAAUAGUAAACGGACAAAGAUCGGUACCACCAAAUCAAAUAGUAAAUGGACAAAGAUCGGUACCACCAAAUCGAAUAAUGAAUGGACAAAGACCGAUGCCAACAAAUCGAAUGAUGAAUGGACAAAGACGACCAAUUGUACCAUGUAAGUUAAUAGUCAGACGAUUACUAGUCUUGAAAAUUUCAUUCCUUUCACAUACUUUCCAACAGUAAGAUAAAUUCUAUUCAAACUUAGUAUCUAUCCGUCGUACUUCUUAUCUAUCAUAUCAAUUCUGCUGUUUGUAACUUCAAUUUCUAUUCGAAAAUUUUUUAAUAUAAAAACGACAAGAUUAAUUUUAAUUGCUGUAUUUCUCUUCUAUAAUAACGAAUAGUUUUCAUAUUUUUAUUUAUUAUAAAAUUUAAGAAAAAAAAAUUCUUAUUUUUGUUUUGCAUUGAUUAAUAAGCAGUUUGUUUGUUUUUUCUUUAGCUCGAAAACGCCCUAUUCUCGACACAGAUGAUGAAGAAGAGGAUGAAGGUAAGAUUUUUUUCUAUAUGCAUCUGGAGCAAUUGUAAACACUGUUCUGCUUGAUUUUUUGCAUUUUAUGAAAUCAUGUAUAAGUCAGAAAUGAAAUGUCGUUUACUAUUGAGAUUAUGAAUAAUGAUAUUUGACAGAAAAACUAAUAUUUAUGUAAAUUAGCUUUCAAAUGCAUACAAACCUUUGUAAUCAACAAUAUUCUAUUGAAUCCGUGACCCGAAACGACGAUAUUACAUCGAAGAUUGAGUUUGUUAUUCAGAUAUUUGAAGAAAAUAUUUUGUGUUUUUUUUAUUAGGAUAA